AAUUAUCAAUUCAGAAUAACAGCUGGGAAAGAAAAGUAAAUACACAACAAACCCCCAGUCUCCCUCCAUCAUAUUCAGGAGAGAGAGAGAGUGAAGAAAAGACCCGGACACACCACCACCACCGUCAUCAUCAUGUGCUGUGGCGACGGAGAUUGCCGACCUUUGGGCUUCCUAUUGGGUCUUCCCUUCGCCUUCCUCUCCCUCCUCAUCUCCAUCGUCGGCAUCGUCGUCUGGAUCGUCGGAUUGACUUUGACUUGUAUAUGUCCGUGUUGCUUAUGCGUGACGGUGCUGGUGGAGCUGGCACUGGAGCUAAUCAAGGCACCUAUUCACGUCAUGGAGUGGUUCACUUCGCAGAUCCCCUGUUAGAUACUCUCUCACCUUUUCGUUUUGUUUCACAGAAAAGCUUUCUUUCAUGUAAUUAAGUAAGGCAUUGGCGUAUGUUUUUCUCCCUCUCCCUCUCCCUCUCCCUAGUGCUAAGGGUGUGAUUUAAUAUGACUUAGAUAUAAUUUCACAAUUGAUCUUUGUUGUCUACUUUCGUUCUCGAACACAUGUUAAUUUGCUUCACUUGUCAUGGUUAUUUGAUAUCUACAAGAAAACAAAAGCUCCGAUUGUCGCCGAGCCCGACCUUCGUUCAGGACGGGUGACAACUGAAAAUCUUUGUUUUGCGAGUUUAGGAGGAU